AGUUUGUGUGCCAGGAAGUUCUCUGACAAGUGACAGAGCAAGCCUGCUGCGACGCUGACUGUGUAGAGAAGGGUAAAUCUGCUGUUUUAAAAUGAGCAAAAAGGAAGAAUGCGAAAACCAGCUGAAGUAUUACCGCUUGGAAGAAGUACAGCGACAUAAUUCGUGUAAGAGCACAUGGCUUAUUAUUCAUAACAAGAUAUAUGAUGUCACGAAAUUCUUGGAAGAGCAUCCAGGAGGAGAGGAAGUACUCGGGGAGCAGGCUGGAGGUGAUGCUACUGAGAGCUUUGAAGACGUUGGUCAUUCUGUAGAUGCUCGAGAAAUGACCAGCACGUACCUGAUAGGUGAACUUCAUCCUGAAGAUAGACCCAAAAUUCAGAGACCAGGGGAAACAUUUAUUACAACAGCAAGUGAGACUUCAAGCUGGUGGACCAACUGGGUAAUUCCGGGAAUAGCAGCAAUCAUUGUUACUUUGAUGUACCGCUUAUACAUGACUGAAGAAUAACCAGUUUGCAUAUCAAUAAGACUGAGCUCUGUUGAUCUCUGUAGCAGUUCAACUCUAAGAACAUGUGAUUCUGAAUCAAUGAUUACUUAAAAAAAUAUAUAUAUAUAUAUAAAUUACACACACAUACACAGUGUUCCCUCUGUAACGCAGGUCUCAGGGGAUGUGCAACAUGAACGCUAUGACCGAAGAGCGUUACAAAUGGGGGAGAGGGUAGGAACCCCGCAGACACAUAACAACUCACAUCUGACUAAAAUACAAAAUAAAAAUAACACCCUCUCUAUAAUGCACAUAUAGAGAAGCAAAAGAUUAACUUUCCUUGAAUUAACCAUGUAAUCAACGCUAUAUUUUUUGCAAAAAAAAAAAAAGGUGGUAACAUUCCCACUCAUUUUAAUUAGCAGUUUU